UACGAACCCUCUCCAAGUUGCAAGAUGUAGCGCCUCUUCCGACCGCUCGUUCCUAUAAAAUUUCACCAAGACACGCAAGUAGAAGGGAGACGGAGGCUUUGGCCCGUUUCGCCGUGAAGAGUGACGUCUACACCAUGGGAACCUUGCUACACCUCCAAGCGCCUCCGCUCCAGCUCCACCUCCGCACGCUCAGGUGCCGCCUUCUCGGCGAGGGGAAUCGCACGCCCUCCUUCCCGCCGUGGGGAUUCCCACGGCAUGGCCGAUCCCGGAGGCCGGUCCGAGUAUUCGUGGCGUCGGCGACGGAGACCGCCGAGGAAGAGACGCUGAAAAAGGGCAUCGCCGAGUUCUACGACGAGUCUUCGGCGGUUUGGGAGGGCGUCUGGGGUGAGCACAUGCACCAUGGCUUCUACGACACCGACGCCGCGGCGACCAUAGACGACCACAGGGCUGCUCAGAUCCGCAUGAUCGAGGAGGCUCUCCGAUUCGCCGGCGUCUCAGAUGCUCCUCUGAAAAAACCAAAGGAGGUACUGGAUGUGGGCUGUGGCAUCGGUGGCAGCUCUAGAUAUAUUGCAAAGAAGUAUGGAGCUUAUUGUCGGGGCAUCACGUUGAGUCCUGUCCAAGCACAGAGAGCACAAGCUUUAGCAGCUGCUGAAGGCCUGGCAGACAAGGUAAAUUUUCAAGUCGCCGAUGCUUUGGAUCAACCUUUUUCUGAUGGGCAAUUUGACUUGGUUUGGUCCAUGGAAAGCGGAGAGCAUAUGCCAGAUAAAAUGAAGUUUGUGAGCGAAAUGGCACGCGUCGCUGCACCUGGAGCAUCAAUCAUUAUCGUAACAUGGUGCCACAGAGAUCUCUUGGAAUCCGAAGAAGGUCUGCUUCCUGAAGAAACAAAUCUCUUGAACAAGAUAUGCAACGCCUAUUACUUGCCACCCUGGUGUUCAGCUGCAGAGUACGUUAAAAUUGCAAAACGUUUAUCACUUGAGGAGAUUAGGACGGCCGACUGGUCUGAUAAUGUAGCUCCAUUUUGGCCUGCCGUCAUCCAAUCAGCCUUUACAUGGCAAGGUUUGACAUCUUUGCUGCGAAGUGGCUGGAAGUCAAUCAAGGGUGCACUGGUAAUGCCUCUGAUGAUCGAAGGCUACAACAAGAAGCUAAUCAAAUUUGCCAUCAUCACCUGUCGUAAGCCAGCCUAGCUAAAUAUGCUUGUGAUAAGGACCUCGAUUAUUUUGACGUGAGAUGCAUGCCUUUAUGUUCUUUAGCCAGAGUCCAAUUUAAAAUCAGUGAUAUAAGGGUUGCCAUCGGUUUCAUAGGUUGUACUAUUGGGCACCACAUAUUUUGGCGUGAGAUGCAUAUAUGCCUUUAAUUUAGUGUACCUUUGUUA